AUGAUAAUAGAUGAUCCGAGCAGGAAUGAUGAUAUAGCAAAGAGUCUGAGGGGUCUUAAUAAACUUGCUAAAAUACUCAAACAAAACAGAAUUGAUAAAGGUGCCCUUACCCUAGCCUCUCCAGAGAUUCGCUUUAAUAUAGACAGUGAAACACAUGAUCCUAUUGAUGUACAAGCUAAGCAGUUACUAGAUACAAAUUCCAUGGUAGAAGAGUUUAUGUUAUUGGCGAACAUCUCAACAGCCCAGAAGAUACAUGAGGAGUUCCCAAACUGUGCUGUCCUGCGGAGACAUCCGUCCCCACCUGCAUCCAAUUUUGAUCCUCUAAUUAAGGCAGCACAAUCUAAGGGAUUCAAAAUGAAUGUAUCAAAAGGCAAAGAUUUAGCUGACAGUCUAAAUGCGGCUGUAAUAGAAGACGACAAAUAUUUCAACACCAUGUUACGGAUAAUGACAACAAGAUGUAUGAUGCAGGCGGUGUAUUUUUGUAGUGGAAUGAUACCAGAAUCAGAAUUUCUCCAUUAUGGUCUAGCCAGUGAGAUCUAUACCCACUUUACUUCUCCAAUUAGAAGAUACUCGGAUAUACUCGUGCAUCGUCUGCUAGCUGUAUGUAUAGGUGCUGACUCAUCCUACCCAGAGCUUCUUGAUAAACACAAGACACAGUCUAUCUGUAACAAUCUCAAUUAUAGACACAAGAUGGCGCAAUAUGCUGGACGUUCAUCUGUAAAUCUACACACACAUUUAUUCUUCAAGAAAAGAGUCAUUGAUGAGGAGGGAUACAUACUGUUUGUUAGAAAGAAUGCAGUACAAGUUCUUAUUCCAAAAUAUGGUCUCGAGGCAACUUUAUACCUUAAUACAGAUGGCCGCAAGAAAGGACCAACAUUUGUGUUCAGUGAAGAAGAGAAUACUCAGUGUUGCGGUCCUGUGACUCUACAUGUGUUUGACCGUGUUUUGAUACAGAUCAGUAUAGACAGGUCAAAUGUUCAACAUUUAAAACUACAGAUCAGACUUGUGGAGCCUGUGAUUCCAGAAUUUAGUGUACCUCCAACAGUUGAAGAAAAACAUUCUGAAGAGCCCCCAGCAAAGAAGAUAAAAACGUGA